CAGGGGAAGCAGAAGAAGGCGCGGAAGUACGCGGUCAUGAAGCGCAUGAUCAGCCUCCGGGACCAGCGCAUUAACGAGAAGGACCGGGCGAAAGCCCCCGUCAAGAAGAAAGAGGACCCGAGUGCCAUCAAGGAGCGGGAGGUCCCCCAGCAUCCCUCUUGUUUGUUCUUCCAGUAUAAUACACAGCUGGGCCCCCCUUAUCACAUCCUGGUUGACACUAACUUCAUCAACUUCUCCAUCAAGGCCAAGCUGGACCUAGUGCAGUCAAUGAUGGACUGUCUCUAUGCCAAGUGUAUUCCGUGUAUCACAGAUUGUGUAAUGGGUGAAAUUGAGAAGUUAGGACAGAAGUACCGUGUGGCGUUAAGAAUUGCCAAGGACCCUCGGUUUGAACGCUUGCCAUGUAUGCACAAAGGAACCUACGCCGAUGACUGCUUGGUACAGAGGGUCACUCAGCACAAAUGUUACAUUGUGGCCACAGUGGAUAAAGAGCUCAAGCGGAGAAUACGAAAAAUCCCAGGAGUGCCGAUAAUGUAUAUUUCCAGGCACAGGUACAAUAUUGAGAGGAUGCCAGAUGAUUACGGAGCUCCUCGAUUCUAACCCGUCCAGCCAAGCUAUCGACGCCAGGACUCUGAGCCAGGAUAAGGGUCCUUCUGGUUCCAACCCUCCUGCUUUCUUUUUUGCUGGGACUCUGCUUAUAGGACUGUGGGUGACAUUGGACUGACUUCAUAGCCUUGAUCUUCUAGGAAAAAGCUACUUGGAAGAGUCUGUUUUUAUUCAUCCUAGUUCUGACUUGGCCUGAUUACCUAUAGCUGGGAGAAGCAUAUGGGAAAGAGAGGACGGCAGUGCCCAGAACAUGCCUAACUCCCUCUUCAUUGGGAUGAUUGGAAAAAGUGAUUUCAGCAUUCUGAAUUAAAUAUUGGUGAUGCAACUCUGGCUGAGAAUGAAACCGCAGAAAUUUUAGAAGUUUCUUAUUGCUGCACCUGCAGCAGGACAAGUAUUCCUCUGGGAUAUGCCCUCACACCUGUCCCACAAGCAAAUUGGAAUCUGCAUUCUGGACAAAAGCUGCCAAAUCUGCACCAGCUGGUGUGCCUUCUCUGGACCAGUGGUCUGGAAAAUUUUAAUUCAGAAUUUAUGGGCUUUUAUUCAACUGUACAAUGAAUGAAGUUGGGUUAAGUGUC